AUGAACACUCAGGAUGGUCCCCGGACUGAGGAGGAAUACGCUCAAGCACAAAUUACUCUCCGUGCCAUUGUUACGUCCAAGGAAGCCGGCGUCAUCAUCGGCAAAGCGGGCCAGAACGUUGCCGAGCUGAGGGACAAAACUGGCGUACGUGCCGGCGUCAGCAAGGUUGUGCCUGGUGUCCAUGACCGCGUGCUAACAGUCACCGGACCUUUGACCGGCAUCUCGGAGGCGUACGGGCUCGUAGCGGAUGGGUUGGUGAAGGGUGCACCGCAGAUGGGUAUGGGUGGCGUAGUUGCGAACCCGAACACACAUCCAAUUCGGCUACUUAUCUCACACAAUCAGAUGGGUACUAUAAUCGGUCGCCAAGGCCUCAAAAUCAAGCAGAUCCAGGACGCUUCCGGUGUGCGGAUGGUGGCACAAAAGGAGAUGCUGCCGCAAUCGACCGAACGCAUUGUCGAAAUCCAAGGUACGCCCGACGGCGUGCAGAAGGCCGUAUGGGAGAUCGGCAAGUGCUUGAUCGAUGAUCAGGAACGAGGGUAUGGGACGGUGCUGUACAGUCCUGCGGUUCGCGUUCAAGGUGCUGCACCCACUCCAGCGAUGAACGGAACGGGCUACGGUGCGCCACGAGGCUACAAUCGUACCGGUAACGGCGCGGACUUCACCGGCAGCGGGGCACCAUACCAACGCCGCAGCACUGGGCCAUCAGAUACUGGUCCGCCACCGGCCGUCGAAGAUGGAGAGGACAUCCAAACACAGAACAUCUCAAUCCCAGCGGAUAUGGUGGGCUGCAUCAUUGGGCGUGGUGGGAGCAAGAUCUCCGAAAUCCGCAAGAGCUCCGGUGCGCGCAUCAGCAUUGCCAAGGCUCCACAUGACGACACUGGCGAGCGCAUGUUCACGAUCACGGGAGGCCAGACUGCCAACGAAAAGGCGCUGUACCUGCUCUACGAGAACCUCGAAGCGGAGAAGAUGCGACGCAGCAACAUCCCGGAAGCCGCGGCUUAG